AUGGGUGAGUUAUCGUCAUUUAGUUUAACUUUACGUGAAAAGAAUAUUGCAAUUUUUGAUGAUACUGUCAACUCAUUCAUUAAAGAGAAUAAAUUAGAUUUUAGUAAUGAAGAAAUUAUUCAACAACUUCAAACAAUCGGAUUAACUAAUAAAAAAAGAAAAGUGGUAGUAGGGAUAUCUUCAUUAGAAGAAGUUAAAAAAACAAGAAUGAUGUUAAAACAAAUUUCAAUGAAAUAUGAUAGAAAUUGUAUAUUCUUUUUUGAUGAAAUAGGGUAUCAAUUAUAUGAUGAAUUACAAAUGAAUUGUUUUGCAGGGAAUCCAAUAGCAUAUCUUGAUAGAGAAUCAAAAAUAUCAAAUUGUUUAUUUGGAGGGAAUGCAAAUGGAAUAUUUUUAAAACCAUUAUAUAUUAUAAAUGAACAAAAUAGUGAUACAUAUGAUUAUGGAAUAAGUAAAGAUGGAUAUAAAAUAGCAUCUAAAAUAGAGUCAUUAUUAAAUAAUGAUAUUUUAUAUUGGAUUAAAACAGAAUUAAUACCAACAAUAAAUCACUCAUUGUACCAAUAUAAUAAAACUGAAGCAUUAAUAGUUGUUAAUGAAUAUUAUCAUUCUUUGUUUGAUAAAAUUCAAAAAGAAAUAAAUAGUAGUUAUAUUAAAGUAUUUUAUAUUCCUUAUGGAAUAUUAGACAAUUCUGAUCCUAUCAAUUCAUUAUUUUUAUUAUUCGGAACACGCUUUAAUAAAGAUGUUCCUUCUCAAAAAAACUUUAUUAAACAAAGAAGGAAAAAUGUUAUUAGACAAGUUAUUGAAAUGCUCAUUAAUUCUCAAGAAUUUAAAAAAUUGUUUGAAAGUUAUUCGAUUUGUUUUUUAAAUGGUGAAGAUUUAACAACUUCAAUGAUACAAAAUGCUGAUAAUUUUUUUAAUAAAUUUAUUAAUAAUAAUAUUAAUAAAUUAUCAAUAAACAAACGAUUAAAAAAGAAAGAUUUAUCAUUAAAAAUAAUUGACUUAGAUUCUGAUGGACAAGAAUCUCCAAUAGAAUUAAAAUUAAAAUCUCUUUCUCAAAGAAAUAUUAUUAUUCCUUAUGAUGUUAUUAAAUUGUUUUAUGAAGAAUAUAAUGAAAAUUGGAAUGAUAAUUGUCAAUAUUAUGAUAGAACAAUACUCCGUUCUAUAAACCCACCUUUCCCAAAUGACAAUGAAAUUAAUGAAUUUAUUGAAAAAUGGGAAAGUGUUAUUCAGAGAUUUGAUCCAUCUUAUGUAUUUCUUUGUGAUGAAUUUGGAAUUAAUUUAAUUGGAUGUGGAGAUAUUGUUGGAUGUUCUCAAAUUGGAGGAAAUAAAUUAACAAGAGAGUCAAGGUAUUCUCCAUUAUUUAUUGGUGUUGAUUUAGAAGGAAUAUUAGUACCUACAUUAUGUUGUUGUCCAAUAGAAAUAAUUCAACAACUAAAAUUACUUUUUCCAGAAGAGCAUUAUUUUAUUCAAAACCAAUUUGGAAUAACUAAAAAAGCAAUUAAUGAAUGGAUUUUAAAAUCACUUAUUAAAAAUAUCCAAAAGAAAAGAGAAAAUAAUAUGGAAAAACGACAAGCACUACUUAUUCUAUGUGAAAGUUAUAAAGAAUGUAUUGAUGAAAGUGUACUACAAAAACAUAGAAUUGAAGUAAUGUAUAUUAAAGAGUCAAUUGCUAAUUUUUGUUUACCUCUUACACGUCUUUUUUGGAAUAUAGAAAAUGAAAUAAUGAAAUAUACCAAUCAUAUUCCAGUCCUCCAAACAACUCUUUGUUUUAGUGGGUUGAAGUAUAUUCAUGAGCUUAGUAAUGUAUUAAUAAAAUCUUAUUUAUCUGGUAAUACAAAAGAAUUAUCUACUUCUAUUAUUCAUACUCUUAAAACCCCUUUUCAAUACGAAUCAUAUAAUUUUGAUUAUAACUCACUUCCAUUUAGUAUCUUUCGAUUAAUUAAAAACCAAUUACAAUUAGGAAAAUCAUUAAAUAACUGCAUUGCUGAAUAUGAAAUUUUAAAGAAUUCAUUAUUAACUAUUUUUAAAUCUCCAUGA